GCGAUAUGGACUAUGGUUUCGAUUGCGGAAGUUAAUACUCUGGUUGCUGGGAGUGUACAUAGCCAUUCCAUUUCUAGUAAAACUUUGUCCUGCUAUUCAGGCAAAGCUGGUCUUCCUAAACUUUGUGAGGGUCCCAUAUUUCAUUGACUUGAAAAGACCACAGGAUCAAGGUUUAAACCACACCUGUAAUUAUUACCUGCAGCCAGAGGAGGAUGUAACCAUUGGAGUCUGGCACACGGUCCCUGCAGCCUUAUGGAAGAAUGCCCGAGGGAAGGACCAGUUGUGGUUUGAAGAUGCUUUGGGUUCCAGCCAUCCUGUAAUCCUUUACUUGCAUGGCAAUGCGGGAACAAGAGGAGGGGAUCACCGCGUGGAGCUUUACAAGGUUCUCAGCUCCCUUGGGUACCACGUGGUCACAUUUGAUUAUCGAGGCUGGGGCGAUUCAAUAGGCAGCCCAUCAGAGAGGGGAAUGACCUACGAUGCCCUUCAUGUCUUCGACUGGAUAAAAGCAAGAAGCGGAGACAACCCUGUCUAUAUAUGGGGACACUCCUUGGGCACAGGGGUCGCAACAAAUCUAGUGAGGCGCCUUUGUGAGAGAGAAACACCUCCGGAUGCCCUGAUACUGGAAUCUCCAUUCACCAACAUACGGGAGGAGGCGCGAAGUCACCCUUUUUCUGUGAUAUACAGAUACUUCCCUGGGUUUGACUGGUUCUUCCUUGACCCCAUCACGACAAGUGGAAUUAAAUUUGCAAACGAUGAGAAUGUGAAAUACAUUUCCUGCUCCCUGCUCAUCCUUCAUGCUGAGGAUGACCCGGUGGUACCAUUUCAACUGGGAAAGAAGCUUUACAACAUUGCUGCAACAUCACGGAGUUUCCGAGACUACAAGGUGCAGUUUGUUCCAUUCCACACAGACCUCGGCUACCGGCACAAGUACAUCUACAGGAGUCCAGAGCUACCUCGAAUACUGCGGGAAUUCCUGGGAAAAUCUGAACAUGAGCAUCAUCACUGAAGACUGGUUGCUUGGCAGCACAGAUUUUCCUUUCUUUCCUUCCUCUGUCUCCUUUUCCUCCCCCCUCCCUGUGGGUCAGUCUGCCAUUCUUCCAUCCCUGGCACUAGAGGAGGUCAGGGAUUCCCACUCUGGUCCUGAUGUGUACCUUUGGCAACUCCAGCUCCUGGCAUCAGCGUCUGCGAUGGUAGAAGGAAGUUGUUGACUUCUCUUUUGACACGGAUGGAGGGGUGAUAACAGCCCAGGAGCCAGUACCAAACUGUGAAAAAUGUAAGCACAACAAAGCCUGGCCAGUCCGGUGUGGUACUGCUGAGGACAGACAUUCCUAGGACACGUGUGUCAUGACCAAGGGUGUUUCUUUUACUUUUAAACACUGUUGCUGUUUUUGGUUCAUGUAGAGACUCAUUUGUAGGUGAAUGGGUUUUGCUGUUGUUACCACAGUUGUCUUGUUUGAGUUUGAGGUGUUCUCUUUCUAGGAAAUACAUGUUUAGCCUUUCCUUUUUGCUAAGUGGCUGUAAUUACAAAUACAUGGAAGAUCCAGGUGGUGAGAGAUAUUUUUAUUGAGCUCUUCAGUCACAAUGUGUUGCAAGUGUUGGGCAAAUUGCACACAUUUGGAAAUAAAAUGAAAGAUUUUU